AUGGGCGUUGCACAAGACUCCUCGGCCAACCCUCCAAAGAACAACAAGCAAAAGUCUAAUGAUGGAAAGCAAAUUCCUCAUUCGGCCAUUGAUAAGGAAUUCCUUGCCGCUCCUAUCAAAUCUGCCACGGACAAGUUCGCACUUCUGCCGGAGUUUCUAAAGGUGAGAGGGCUGGUAAAGCAACAUUUGGACUCGUUUAAUUACUUUGUGAACACGGGAAUCAAGAAAAUUGUUCGUGCCAAUGAUCGGAUUGUGUCUGGCGUCGAUCCAAGUAUUUAUCUCAGGUUUAAAGAUAUUUCUAUUGGUGAGCCCUCGCUUACAAUGGAUGGUGUUACUGAAAAGAUUGCUCCCCAUACAUGCCGCUUAUCUGAUAUGACGUAUUCUGCUCCAAUAAAAGUCGAUGUAGAGUACAUUCAAGGAAGUCAUGAUCAAAAGACUAGAGUGGAGAUAGGUCGGAAAGGAUGCCUAUUAUGCCUACGGAGUUGCUCCUGGACCCUAUAUGGGAAAACCGAAUCUGAACUUGCCAAACUUGGUGAGUGCCCCCUCGACCCUGGAGGAUACUUCAUAAUCAAGGGAAAUGAGAAGAUUCCUAUUAUGGUGGUCAUGAAGGCUAUGGGAAUGGAGAGUGAUCAAGAAGUAGUACAGAUGGUUGGAAGAGAUCCUCGAUAUUCUGCCCUGCUAAUGCCAUCUAUUGAGGAUUGUGCAAAGGAAGGUAUACAUAAGCAAGAGCAAGCUUUGGCCUACCUUGAAACAAAGGUGAAGAGGUUCAGUUUUGCUGGUGCUUCAUCUGAGAAUGAUGGUAGAGUAAUGACCGUUCUUCAAGAUGUGUUUCUUGCUAAUGUUGAGGUGUGUCAGGACAAUUUUCGUCCAAAAUGCAUAUAUGUUGCUGUCAUGUUGAGAAGGAUAAUGGAUGCAAUUUUAAACAAGGAUGCAAUGGAUGACAAGGAUUAUGUUGGGAACAAGCGGAUUGAGUUAUCUGGCCAAUUAAUUUCUCUUUUGUUUGAGGAUCUGUUCAAGACAAUGAUUGCUGAAGUUAAGAAGGCUGUAGACAACAUAUUAACAAAGCCGAGCAGGUCUAGCCGUUUUGACUUUGCACAGGAAGAGCAGAAACAGCAAACUUCAUUGAAGAAGAAACAACCAGCAAUCCAGGAUGAAACAGCAGAGCAAUAA